AUCACAUUACACGGCUUGUCAAACGCUUCAUGAAAAAUUGGAAGGAAGUAGCCACCAACAGGGCCUUCAACGACAACCGAGGCCAGUGGACCAUCACGAACCUGGGGUGUGGUGGCAGCAAGAUCCUGUGGGAGAGCAUAGGGAGGCCGUUCGACGAGAGCGUCCUCCUCUGGCACCUCGCCACAGAGUUCUGCUACUUCGACCGCGGCGGCGGCGACAGCAGAUACGACCAUGACACCAGCACCUAUUUCAUGAUCAGCGACUGCAAGCAGAGCAGGGUGAUCUCCAACUACAUGGCGUACCUGCUGUUCGUCAACCCGGAGAUGCUCAUGACCGGCGCCAGACCUAGCCUGUUCAGAAACGCAUACAAGAGGCUCCGUGCCAUGCUGCUGGAUGACCACUACAGCAGGGAGAACCUCCACGUGAUACCACAGGAUGAUGGCGGGAAGGAGGCCAACAAGAUAAUCCAGAAGCUCAAGGGUGGUGCAAAAGUCAGCCUCGAUUCAAAUGAAAAAAAGGGUAGUGCGGAAGGCAGAGGUGUCGUUGAAGACGCUUGGGAGCUCUCCGAGGAGCUCAUGAAGCUGUGCAAUGAUGACAAUGAUAAGAUGUGGAAAGUGAUAUUCGGUGUGUGGGUGGAGAUGCUCUGUUUCUCUGCUAGCAGGUGCAGAGGGUACCUGCACGCCAAGAGCCUGGGAAAGGGCGGAGAGUACCUCUCCUACAUCUGGUUGCUCAUGUGGCGCAUGGGGAUGGAAACCUUGGCAGACAAGAUGCAGAGGGUGCCGGAGAUGCCAAAGCAAGAAGACGACAGUGCUAGUGGUGGAGGCGCUGAGAUCAAUGACACUGCAUCCUGUUGACGCUUUUUACGGGCCAACACACGAUCGUACU